UCUGUUAACAACAUUAAAUGGACAUAAGUCUGUUAACAACAUCUCGGUCAAACGAGACGUUCUCUACAGUAGAGUGAACUCACACUAUAAUGGCACAGCUGCUAUAAUGUCGUCUUAAUAUAGCUGUGUAUUGACCUGGUCUACUUCAGUGCCAUUAGUUAGCAGAAACAAUACUGCAAUGUCUUAAGCCUCAGAAUAAUCUAAUGGUCCAGUUUGCUCGUACGUGGUUUAAUCUGAAUGAAUGGGACUGGUCACAGGCAACAUUCUUUUGGUUCAUCCAAACAGGGAUUAUCCCCAUUGUCCCUUGACCUGAAAAUCCUAGUGAUUCUGAACCUGUAGAGGAUUUUCAAGAAACCACUCGACAGCCUCCUUAAUGGCACUCACUGGCAGGCUUCUUUCAGCCACAAACUCACUUCUCAAGCAUUUAUACUACCCUUGUCCCACUCAUUUGCUUAUUCCUUUCAAAAGAAAUGAGAAAUAUAGACUCACAUUACGAGCAUGCAUCAACAGCAGGCAGGAAUGGAGAUGAAGUUUUCUGUUCAAGCAGAGCAGCCUCAGAGCCAAGCUACUGAUUCUGGUGCCACCUACCAAGCAGACAACCAAAGUACAGUAGUUCCAGCCAAAUUUAUUGCAACAUUUGAGAAGAAAGAGGAUUCAUGGUUUGCGUUGUCUCAAAUUCCAACAGAUCUGUCAAUUCAAGUUGAAGACAUCACAUUCUAUGUUCACAAGUUCCCAAUAAUUUCCAAGUGCGGCUACUUCGGAAGGAUAGAACUUCAGCCUCCAAAAUCAAAUUUGUCUUAUGACCAUAAGAUUGACAACUUUCCAGGUGGUGCUGAAACAUUUGAAAUCAUAUUGAAAUUUUGUUAUGGCCUACCAAUAAGCUUGACUGCCAAUAAUGUAGCAGUCUUAAGAUGUGCAGCGGAAUUCCUUGAGAUGACCGAGGCACUGGAAGAUGGGAACCUCAUCUCUAAGGCUGAAGCUUUCUUUACAUUCGUGGUCCUCUCUUCGUGGAGGGACUCAAUAACAGUCCUUAGAUCAUGCGAAACUCUAUCUCCAUGGGCUGAGAACCUUCAAAUUGUUCGAAGAUGCUGUGAUUCAAUUGCUUGGAAGAUCUCUCACGAAACUUCAACAAUAGGAGAGAUAACAAAUGGAGAAAAGUGGUGGUUUAAUGACAUGGCUACUCUUCGGAUUAAUUAUUUCACAAGGAUUAUAACAGCACUAAAGGCGAAAGGAGUUAUACCUGAAAUUAUAGGUUCUUGUAUAAUGCAAUAUGGGGAGAUAUGGUUGCCGAUCACAGAAUCAGGGAGGGAAGGAAUAGGAAGUAACAAUAAUGGAAGUAAUGAGUUGCAAUGGAAUAUUAUGAGUGGGAGGAGUCAGGGAGGGGUCAUUGGACCAACAAAGGAACAAAGAAUGAUAGUAGAAAACCUAGUGAGCAUACUGCCCCCGCAGAAAGAAGCAGUUUCUUCCAAGUUUCUUUUGAAGAUGUUAAAGAUGGCAAUAGUUUGCUUCGCAUCCCCAGCUUUAGUAUCAGAGCUUGAAAAGAGAGUUGGGAUGGUAUUAGAAACUGCAGAUGUUAGUGAUCUUCUUAUUCCCAAUUAUGCAGCAGGUGAUCAAGGGAAACUGGUAAAUUCUACUGAAGAACACACUAUGCACAACAUAGAUGUGGUGCAAAGGAUUUUGGAGUAUUUCUUGCUAUAUGAACAGAAACAGCAGCAGCAACCUGGACCAUUGACCAUCAGUAAACUUCUAGACAACUACCUAGCAGAAAUUGCAAGAGACCCUAAUCUUCCAGUCACCAAGUUUCAGUUUUUAGCUCAGUCAUUGCCUGAAAAUGCUCGGACUUGUGAUGAUGGCCUCUACAGAGCCAUUGACAUAUAUCUCAAGGCUCAUCCAUCAUUAACAGAGCAUGAAAGGAGGAGACUAUGCAAAGUCAUGAACAGUGCAAAGCUUUCACUAGAUGCAUGUGAACAUGCUGCACAAAAUGAGAGGUUGCCACUAAGAACCAUGAUUCAGGUCUUAUUCUCAGAGCAAGUGAAAAUCAGAGCCACAAUACAAGGUAAAAGUCAAAUAGAAACUGCUGACAACUCAGAUCAGGAAAGCAGUGGGUCAUCAACAAACAAAGAAGUCAAAAUGCUCAAAAUGGAACUUGAGAAAGUAAAGAUGCAAAUGGCUGAGCUGCAAAGAGAUUACUCAGUGCUGCAACAAGAACAUCAAAAGCAAACCACAAAAAGGAAUUCAUCAGGUUGGACACGUGGAUGGCCGAAUAUUAGAAAGUCAGGUCUUUUCAAUCUAAAAAUAGAUAGGGAAGAAACUGAUGAAAGCGAAAACAGGCCAAACCAGAGGCGCAGGAAUAGAUUUCGCCGAAGGCAAUCAAUAUCCUGAGAAAUCUUAGAAAUAUCAUCUAAGAGAAACCUCGGAACGGCCAUUUAAUAGCAAAAAUGGUUCAUUAGAUAGCGUCAAUCAAAUAUUUUAUGUGAUUUCACGAGUGUUAGGAAAUAUAUAAAAUACCAAUGGUAGAUCUUGUUUACAGAGCUUAGAGCACGAGCUCCAUGAGUUGUAAGAUAUUUCUUAAACAAAAUGUGAAGGUACAUGUUGGUCUUCUACAUUA